AUGGAAAACAACAAGGAUAAACCAGUUUCAAAGGAAGAGCAACCUUCCGCCGAAGAACAACAAAAGCAAUCGAUUCCUGCUCCUAUUCCUGAGAAGAGCGCUUGGAAAGUUGAAGUAACAGAGAAAAUAUCUUCCGAGAUUAGCGAAGUUGCUGCAGACUGGCCCGCUCCCAAGGAUGCCGCCGCAGAGACCAGCAAUGUUGAAGAGAAUGACAAGUUUGUUACACCCAAAGUUAAGAACAAGGGACAAUGGAAGCCUUUCACACCCACCAUUGUUCAUGCUUCAUCAUCUGCUUCUCGCUCAUCUCCUCGUAGAAGCAACCGUCGUGCCAAUGGCGAGGUUCGCACCAACAAAAAGUCCAGCACCGCACGCAGAGGAUCCAAGUCAAAGGAAACCACCAACAACACUACUGCCUCGGCCAACAAGGACAACAAGGAGACCAAGCCUGUCAAAGAUGAUGAAAAGAAGCCCAAAGCUCGUUCAAUCCGCCCCAAGAACUCUUAUCGCAAUGGUCAACGUAAAGUCCCAGCUUUCGUCAAUGUCGAUGCCGAUACACUCAAGAUGUACAUCAUGCAACAAAUUGAAUACUACUUUAGCGUCGACAACUUGUGUAAGGAUGUGUUCUUGCGUCAACAAAUGGAUUCCAAUGGUUUCGUUGAUUUGAGCUUCAUUGCCAAUUUCAAUCGUGUCAAGGGUUUGACCACUGAUCUCGAUUUGAUCCGUGAAGCUUUGGACAACAGCCAAAUUCUCGAAGUAAAGGGCGAAAAGUUGCGCAAGAGAGAAGGUUGGGAGACCUGGCUCAUGCCCGCUGUUAUUCCUGGCCCUACGCCUGUCAAUCCCACUAUUCCCAAGCCAACCACCACCGCCGCUGAGGUUGCCAAGCAGAACGCCCCUGCUAACCCUCAACCCACAUUAGCUUCUUUGGCUGGUACCACCUUAUUGCCUGCUGUUGUUCCCAAAUUGGCUGAACGUCGCAAGUCUGUAGCCAAGCCUCAACAAAAGGAAGAAGACGAUUUGUUUGAUUUUGAUGAGGACGAUGAUUUCAUUGAUGGUCGCCGCAACGAUACUGUCAAGAAAUACUACCUUUCUGACGAAGAAGAUGAGGAUGACGAUGAUCUUGAAAUGGAUGAUGAGACAGUUGCUCGUAUCAUGAUUGUUACUCAACGCAAAACUGAUCGCACUCAUACCAACUUCAACCGUGCAAAGAUCAAUGAAGACAUCUCUGAUAUGAUCAACGAAGGUCUCUAUCAAUACGAGUCUGGUCUCGGUGGAGCCAAGCAAAACAUCACCAAGGUUGGCUCUGUCGGCAAGGAUCAAUUUGAUCAAUUGAAGCAACGUGAACAUCAACAUGGCGAACAAGUUGGCGCUCAAAUCUCCAGCACUACCAUCACCGCCAAGCCCAUCAAGAAGAAUGAGAAGACCACUCCUCGUUUCUAUGCUGUUCGUCCCGAAUCUCUUCCCAGCUCUGCCUUCUUUGGCACCACGCCUACCAAGACUAACGAUCAAGGCCAUGUCGGUUGGGUUUUGAGUGAUCAAGCCUACCAUUACAACCCCAAUGACUUGUUAUCUACUAGCUAUGGCAAGUCUCCUGCUGCUGACGGUAUGCUCUCCAGAUCUAUGGAUAUGGCCCACUCCUUUGGUAACUUCCAACAUCCUAGCCACGAGUUAUUACGUGAGAAGGGCUUUGUUCAACACAAAUACUACAAGUACCACGCCAAGGCAUUGAGAGAGCGCAAGCAAUUGGGUGUUGGCCAUUCUCAAGAGAUGAACACAUUGUUCCGUUUCUGGUCUCACUUCUUGCGUGAUCACUUCAACAAGCGCAUGUACAAUGAAUUCAAGAGAUUAGCAGUGGAGGAUGCCAAUCAAAACUACAGAUAUGGUUUGGAAUGUCUUUUCCGUUUCUAUUCCUACGGUCUUGAGAAGCGUUACCGCAAGGAGCUUUUUGAAGAUUUCGAGGAAUUAACAUUAGCUGAUUAUGAGAGAGGACACUUGUACGGUCUUGAAAAGUUCUGGGCAUACACUUAUUACCGCAAGGAUAAGAAGAAGAGAGAGCUCAAGAUCAACGAUCAAUUGACUCAAUUAUUAUCGAAAUACAAGUCUGUUGAGGAUUUCAGAAAUGCCGAAGCACCCAAGUCUGAGGCUGAUGAUACCUACAAGGUGCCUUUCCAUGGUAAGGCUAGAGGUAGUGUUAGUGGACCCUCUGGUGCUGCUGCUCCCAACGCUUCCAAUGCCACACCUGCCACAGCAACUGCUUAA